AAUAUUCAACUUGUGUUAACCUGUAAAGAAUGGCCUAAUAUCGCAAAAUAUCCAUACACUAAAACUGAGUGGUUAAUUUACCAGUUUGGAAAUGAAGAAUCUUUUCUUAAAGGAGAAAUCAUGGAAAUUGAAAAGAGUUUCGUCCCGUUUCCACCUAGAUCAAAGGA